AUGACGGCGACUCCCUCCAGCAACCGGCUGAAGCUUACUCCCUCCAAUUCACCUUUUCUCACCUCCCGGCGUGCGAGAUCCCCGCUGCGUGGCCGACCCGUUUUCGAAUCCCGCCUUUCGCUCAAGAGAGUCGUUGGGACAACAUGCCGUUCGCCAACCGCCUUUGAUACCGUCAACGACUGUUUCGCCUACACCGCUGGCGGUGCCGUCGUCGUAGUGACUGUCGACGGCGAUCAGUACACUCAACGAUUUUACCGAGCACGGCCGAGCGUGGUUUCCCUCUACUCCGCCUCCCAGCAUGCGCCUUCUACACCGACGACAUCGACGGCCCCGAAAGCCAACGAUAGCCGCAAUCGAGCUGCCGGCCACCGGGAUUCUCACAGCGGUUCAGAUUGGUCCGAUGGGCCCGGCCCCAGGACAUGGACCAGUCGCGAGCGCAUCAAGGCGGCCACCUGCCUGGGUCUAAGUCCAGAUGGCAAGUACCUGGCCGUCGGCGAGACUGGAUAUGCGCCUCGAGUUUUGAUUUUCAACCUUCAAGAGACAUCGUCCGAUGUUCCCUUGGUCUCAAUUAAUGAGCAUACCUUUGGCGUCAAUGCCGUUGCGUGGUCUCCAGAUUCCAAAUAUCUUGCUUCACUCGGUGCUGCCAACGAUGGCUAUUUGUAUGUCUGGAAAGUCGACUCCCGCACCGGCCAUACAAAACUCUUUCAGCAAAACAGGUGCACAUCAUAUGUCAAGGAUAUGGUAUGGCUGGGAAAUUCUCUCAUUACCCUUGGUGUUCGUCAUAUCAAAAUGUGGAAAAUUGAUGAGAACGCUGGGGUUUCUCCUACCAAGCCCAAAUUUGGACUUGAUCACCCUCCCUUGUCGCCAAAUUCUCAAAAAACUUUGCCUGGCCGAAAUAUUAUUCUGGGAGGGCUUUUGGAGGCAACAUUUAACUGCGCUGCUGUCGACGGUGGUAGACUAAUCAUCUGCACAGAGGCAGGGGAGGUCUGCAUUUUAGAGGGCGACGAUAAGCAGACAAAAAUCAUCUGCGUUUUAAGCCUGGAUUUCUUUAUAUCGACGAUUGAAAUUCGAGGCGACGUUGCGUAUGUUGGGGGCAAAGAUGGCAACUUUGCCAAAAUUGAUGUCAUUGGGUUGAUGGACGGAAGCAAGGACUGCCUUAUUGGCACCUCUCAAAACCCGACAGGAUUAGCUGCUUUGGGCUUUACUGCUAAUAAUUCAGUCACCGUUGAUGCCAAAGGGUCGAUUGACAUCUGGGACUUGGAUUACAUACCCGGUCAAUCGGAAAACCCAUCAUACCAUAUCCAUAUUCCUGGCCAAGGAGAGCCUGUCGCUGGUAUCUACCCCAUGCAUAGGCCAAACGAAAUGCAAGCAGCUUUCUUGACGUGGUCGAACUCAGGGGUGGUAACCUUCUGGGACUUGGACGGCCAGAUGAAAAAGUCGAUUAGUAUUCCGCUGGAAUUCAUGAGCGUGCCAGACGCUACCGUGGAAUCAUCAAAUCAGUUGACUUGUGUCAAAAUCUCAAAAAGCGGACGUCUCUUGGUUACAGCUGAUCGUUUGGGAGUAUUAAGAGUCACAGAUACUUCCAAGCAAGAAUGCAUACUUGAUACUAAAGCUCACUCAGCUGAUUGUACAUCUAUCAGCCUGUAUGAAGAGGAGGAGAAAUUUCUAAUGGCUUGUUGCGGUAGGGACCGCACAGCACAGCUAUUCCACCGCACGUCUAGUGGAAAUAUUGAGCACUUUCAAACCAUUGAAUUUGCUGCUCGGGUCGUUCAGGUGCUUAUCCUAUCGCUUGACAAGGUAGUCACUUGUGCAUGGGAUCGAACCAUGCAGAUUCACGAUUUGGUCACCAAGGAGGGCAAUCCAGAUGCAAUCGCCGCCAUUUCUGCGAGAGUUGUUACUUUAAAGGCAUCGCCAACUUCCAUGACUGCAAGCUUGGACAGUAGGACAAUGUUUGUUUCCAUGCUGGACCGGUCGAUCUGUCAGUAUGAUCUCAGAACGGGCCGGCCAAUAAACUGCUUCAAAUGUAUGGAUGAGACUGGGAUAGAGUCAGCAGUUCUCGAAUCCCUUUCUAUUGAACAAGGCUCUCCCAGGGAUUCCGACUUUUUGCUGGGUGCGUCCAACACUGAUAAAUCCAUACGUCUUUAUGAUUCUAUUUCUGGGGCUUUUUUAGAUCGAGAAUGGGGCCAUACAGAGGCCAUCAAUGGAGUCUCUUUGGUUGAAGACAACGAUGAGGGCAGAAAGGUUGUGAGCGUUGCGGCUGAUGGAACAAUCAUGAUCUGGUCUCUUGAUGUGCACGAGCGACUGAGCAGAGAACCGUCGCCUGCGAGAGAUGCCACUUCUAGCAGGCCAACCCUGCGAAAAGUCUUAUCAAAAGCUGAAUUAGCGGAAUUCCAACGCCCGCGCGAAGUCUCAGGAGGACGACGUUCAAUAACACCACCACCUCCAUCGCAGUCCCGGACUUUGCGUAAGCGCACGUCUCGGCUCAACCUGUCUACUGCUACCAGCGCUAAGACGCCUUCUGGGACACAGCCAGCCAGCCCUGGUAGUGCCAGGAUUAUGGACGACACUCCAUCACGUCGAAAAGGCAUGGGAACUGAUGCUAGCAGCCCCCCGCUUAGCCCAAGGUCCCGGCUUUCUCGUAGGCCUUCGCUGCCAGUCUUGAAUGACCGCAUGGCACGCAAGAAGAAUUCCACGCCCAACUUACGUGGGAGCAGCUCGCUAAAUGCAGCGACAGAACAAGCUUGUCGCACUCUUAGGGCAUACAGGAAGAAGCUAUCGUCUGCAGAACCUAUAAACCCCGAGGCUCUGAGCGAACUAGAUCAAGAGCUGCGAUUCACUGCAGCUGCACUGGGCGAUCGGGCAAUCAGAAGCAGAGCAAUGAACGAGACUGUUCUAAGCGGGCUCUUAGACCAGUAUUCCGAAAGACUAGUCACCCUGUUGGACGAAAAGCUACGCCUCUCUAAUAGCCAACCCAUUGAACGGGACGUAGAGGUGUCGAGCGAAGACCGUCGUGGCAGCACAGACGAAACAUCAAGCACUACAUCGUCAUGA